AUGGUUUGGAAGUGGUGGUGGAUGUUGACAGUGACGGCGAUUGGAGUGGUGGCAUGGGGCGUCCCUUCCGAGCAGCAGCCUCUGGUUACUCGUAUUGCGUUUGGAUCAUGUGCCAACCAAAGCGCUCCUCAGCCCAUCUGGAAUGCAAUAAUCUCAUUUGAUCCCCAAGUUUUCAUUUGGCUUGGUGAUAACAUUUAUGGAGACAUUAGGCGUCCUUUUAAACUAUUCGGAAAAGAAAGAACAAUUGGGCCGUGGAAGAAUGCCCCAAGAUUUGUUCCUUCUACUGAGCAGGAAAUGAAGUCUAGAUAUGAGAAAGCCAAGUCUAACCCCGGUUAUUCUCGUCUUCGAGAGAAUACUAAGGUAAUUGGCACAUGGGAUGACCACGAUUAUGGAUUAAAUGAUGCAGGAAAAGAAUUUUCCGGGAAAAUAACUAAUCAAAGGCUUCUCCUUGAUUUCUUGGAUGAGCCGGAACAUAGUCCACGGCGCAAGCAAGACGGAGUUUAUGCGUCUUACACACUUGGCCCCAUGGGUAGACAAAUCAAGGUUAUACUAUUAGAUACUAGGUACCACCGAGACCCUUUACGUAGUGAUGGAACUAUUUUGGGACACUCACAGUGGGAAUGGUUAGAAAAAGAGCUGAAUGAUUCUCCAACAGCCGUUACAAUUAUUGGAUCUUCUAUACAGGUAAUAUCAAAUCUGUCAGCAACCACUGGGCCAUUGUUUUACAUGGAGUCUUGGGGACGUUUUCCAAAGGAGAGAGAUCGGCUAUUUAAAUUGAUAGCAGAUAGUAAGAGGGAUGGAGUGUUUUUCAUAAGUGGAGAUGUUCACUUUGGAGAAAUUACACGUUAUGAUUGUGCCACUGGAUAUCCAUUGUAUGAUGUUACUUCAAGUGGGAUAACCCAAGCAGUUGAGAAGGUAGUCCCACCACCGUUACAUUUCUUUGUGAGAUUUCUGGCAUGGUUAACUCCUAACACUAUGAGAGUUACGGACCAAAACUGCAGAUACAGGUCGUGCACAUAUGGCAUGUCUAAUUUCGGAGCAGUUGAGAUAGACUGGGAUGCGACUCCUGUGACAUUGAAAAUUCAAGUCAGGGAUAUAAACGGAAAUCCUGUGACAGGUGUAACUACAUCGCUAUCGGAACUGCAAGCAAGAAAUUCCACCUCUUCAACCACCAAGAAAGCAAGAGAGCAUCACAGGCACUGCACUCUUGAAAGCACUCUACCAUGGAUUGUUAGAUAUCGCCUGGCUAUUUUAGCUUACUGUGCUGCAGCGACUUUUGUCCUUGCUUUGAUAGGAGUAAUUUGGGCUGGUAUAUUAGCGUGCAGGAGAUGCGCCCACAAAAGAAAGUGCGACUGA